GAAUGCACACACCUUGUAAUGGCUGCAAUCAAUGUCACAGUAAAAGUUAUCUGUGCACUAGUCUCCUGCUGUCCAAUUGUUACUAUGGAGUAUGUCAACAAAUUGAAUGAAGCAGCAGAAAGUCACACUAACUUACCAGACAGCAGCAAUUUCAUGCCAGGUGUUGUUGAAGUCGCCAUCAGGAAAGAUGAAGUAUCAUUUCAACCAAAUGAGCUUAGAAAAACAGUGUUCAGAGACAAAACAUUUGUCUUCUUAACUGAAAAGAAGUACAAGUCAUUGAGCACUGCUUUGACAUUUGGUGGUGGCAAUUGCAUACUGAUGCCUGAGCAUUCAAAGGAUGUUGAGUUGUUGACACGGCCUGGGACAUGUGUAGUGCACUCUAGCCCAGAUGAAGACAGUCAGGCAGGAGUUCCUUUGAACCAGCAGUGGGCCAGUAAAGUUAACACAAUUCUGAAAGGGUGUGGAUUGCGUCCUAUUCAAGAUUCUGAGAUUGGUUUAGCUGUCCUCUAUUGUUCAACUCAACUGCAUUGCAAUCCUACAGUUUCCCAAAGCGGACUUAAUCUUUUGCAAGCUCCAGUACCUCAGUCUCUUGACACACAUGACAUUCUAGCCCACGAGACUCAAACACAGCUGCAGGCUUGUAAGAGACUUCCAAGAACAAAGGGGUUAGGAGAGAGAAGCAUCAUUGAUGAAACAAGACUUGAAAAAACAGAAAAUAAAAAGAGAAUUCGUGAGAAUGACGAGAACUACCAAUCAACAAGUAAAAUGCCAAAAUUUGAUUCCAAGGUACAUGGAAGCAAUGGAUCACAAGGCAACCUGUCUCUUAUACACAUCUUUUGGAAGUACAAGUCAUUGAGCACUGCUUUGACAUUUGGUGGUGGCAAUUGCAUACUGAUGCCUGAGCAUUCAAAGGAUGUUGAGUUGUUGACACGGCCGGGGACAUGUGUAGUGCACUCUAGCCCAGAUGAAGACAGUCAGGCAGGAGUUCCUUUGAACCAGCAGUGGGCCAGUAAAGUUAACACAAUUCUGAAAGGGUGA